AUGACUAACUUAAAUAAAGCUAUUGAUUUGAAUUCAUACCAGGAGAACAUUCAAAAUAUAAGUACUGGGAAUAUACCUUUGGAAAAGCCAAAGCUAGAAUCGAAAUUAUUGAGCUGGUUCAAAAAAUUAACUCAAACUUUAAAUAAAAACGAAAUAAAAAGUAAAGAAAAAGAUGAAAUUCCAGUGAUAGAUAUCCGAUUCAAAAGAGCACUUGGUAAUUCAAAGUGGGAGAAAUUAUUGGCUAUACACCACGGAAUUGCAGUAGCUGAUAUAGAAUUAAACAAAACACCAGAAUCAAUUUCAGAUGAGAUGGUUGAAAUAGAACGUACAAUAUUACAUGAUAUUGGCUACAAUUCGUCAGUUUAUAAAUCCGAAGAAAUUAAUCUUUCUAAUUGCUCAAAAGAAAUCUCAAGUAAUGAUAUUGAAGAUUACCGUAGGAAUCUGGAUGCUUGUAGAUAUCUUGAAAUAGAAGCUAGAAAGUGCUUUCUAAAACAUCGUCAUUCUAUUAAUCCUGAUAAAGCUAUAAUGAAGUGUCAUAAAUACCAAGUUGAGUAUAUAGAGUGUUUAUGGGACCAAGAGAAAGUAAUUCGAGGUAUUUCAUCAAUAGAAGUGCCCUUUUCAAAAAAAAGAAGGCCUUUUAUAUCAGCUCCAAAUCCAAAUUCACUAGGUUUAUAA